UCCGGGAAAUUAAGCUCUGAGGAGGUUUAUCGUUGUCCCGGGGCGAGCCCCGGCCGCCUGCCCACGGAGACAAGAUGUGCUGGCCGGCAGCCGGCCGGGACCCCGGGCCAGGCGUGCUGGGGCGGCGGGGCCUCCCAUCGGCUUCCACCCGCGGCCGGAGUUCCUGGGGACACCACCACCCUCCGUCCCCUCCGCCCCGGGCUCCCUCUCACGAGGGGAAGGCCGUGCGGCGCGCCAGCCCCGGGCAGGAAGGUCGGGGCGGGCUGCGGGGCAUGACCCGGGAUAACCCGGGGCUUUCCCCCGCCUCCCCCGCGCCGCUUGACCCCGGCGGCGGGGACACGGCGGGGACGCUGCGGGGCAGCUCGCCGCCCCUGCCCGCCUCCCGGCGCGGAGCCGGCGUGCGGUGCUGUAUCCUAUGCGAUAGCCUAUGCGACAGGCGCGGAUGUGCCGCUUACAUAAUCCCCGCCGGCCGCACACGUACCCCGCAUUACAUAAGGGAUCGUGCCCCCGCCGGCCCCCGCGGCAGCCCCGCCGGCGGGCGGGGGGACGGAGGGAGGGAGAAAGGGAGGGACCCGGCGGCGGCCCCGGCCGAGCCCCUCGUUAACCCCCUUCCUGUGGCGUUUACACGUCAUGGAACAUUCCCGGAACGGGCCAACGUCCCACCCACUUCAGGGAACAGUCACCGCGGCGCAGCGCGCACACGCACUCCCGCACACGCACCCCGGCGCGGUGCCGGGUGUCCCCGCACACACUCGCACUUCCCCCUGUCCGGCACCCUCGCGGGGACGCGCUGGCAGCCCGGGCACAUCCCCUCCCUCCGCUACCUCCAGCGCCCUGCCCUCCGCCGCGCCGGGUGGCCCCGGGCGCCCCCCCUGCCUUGGUGCCCCCCCAUCCGCUCCCGGGGCGCCGGAGGCCGCGAUGAGUGCCCCGUCGGGUCGGCCCCCCCCGCGGGCGCCUCUACCCGGCGGUGACCAUGCCCAUUCCCCGCCGCAGGAGGGGAUUACGCAAGGCAGCCUUCUCAUCUGCAUACACUUACAAGCCGGGUAUUCCCCACAUUUCCUAACGGCGUGUCACCGACAAAGGCCUGUCCCAGCCGUGUCCCCCUCCUGCGCCGGCUCAGCAGGAAGGGUCGCCGGCCGUGGUGCCCGGGGGACGGUGCCGGUGCCUGCCAGCGCCCGGAGCCGCCGCCACAGAGGAGCUUCCUGCCAUACUCCUUCUCUCAUUUUUCUGACCUGCUGUUUCUCUGCUCAUUGGAGAGAGAAGGGCCCUGAGCUGGGUGCUGGAUGAUGAAUGGCCUGUGAGAGUGAGGGUUCCA